AGCUGCCUAAUUCAAUCCAAACAGCCGAGAUGACAACGGCUUCCGAGCUGCUGUCAGACGACGCAAGAGCUCGAUUCUCACAUACAAAGGCUCUUUUUGAGCAGCUUGAGAGACAGCAAGACGUUCCAUCAUUCUACUCUCCACGUCUUCAACGUCAACCACCACCUCCAUUACCCCCAAAACCUCCAUCUCAAUGUCCGCCGAGUCCGAUGUCACAGGUAUGUGUGAUCAAACAAUCACAUGGCUCUCUUUCUCUCUCUCUCCUUCUCUUUCUGUUUUCUGGAAAAAGAAAUGGAAUUUAAAAAUUCAAAGACUGUGUCAGUUAGUCAAUGUUUUGUGUCUCCAACACCCCCGUCUCUGUUAUACUGUUCGGUUGACUAAUCCGCUCAUCGAUAAUAGAUUCAAAAAUAAUGGCAUUUACUCAUAUCACACACACACUCCUUUCCCCCAUCAGACACACACGCAUAUAACACAUAAUCGAAAACUCGAAAACUUUUCCAGGUCGAACGAAAUUUCUCUGAUUUGGCCGCGGAUCUCGAUCGGAUCCAAUCAUCGCCGGCAACGUCUAGGUUUAUACAAAAUAAAUCAUCAACUCUUCCGUCAUCAUAUUCCGAUUCCACACAGCAGUAUUCGUUCGAAAAUACGGUUGCCACGUCGCAAUAUGGAGGACUUCAAACCAACAACAAUAAUAAUAAUAUUAAUAUGAAUUCAUUUGAACCCUAUUGGAGAAAUGGAUCAAUAUAUCGGAGGCAAUUCGAAGGAAAUGGCAAACCUUUUGGCGAGGAAAACGAUGGAAUCUCACCAACGACGAAUGGAGUGAAGCACACGACAUACGCCGUCGUCAAAACACCAAAGGAAACAGAACUUGAAACAACAUCAGAAAACAGAGGACUCAUGGAAACACGGAGGGGUCUGAGUCCAGAGAGGCCUGACGUGGAUUUAACGAAUCGAAAGGUCUCGUUCAGCACUGCACCUAUUCCGGUCUUCUCGGCGUUUUCCGUUGAAGACUACGAUCGCAAGAAUGAAGACAUUGAUCCGGUGGCAAGUUGUGCUGAAUAUGAAUUGGAGAGACGACUUGAAAGAAUGGAUUUGUUUGAAGUUGAUUUGGAAAAGGGUGCCGAGGGACUUGGAGUCUCUAUUAUUGGUAUGGGUGUUGGUGCAGACUCGGGUCUUGAAAAGCUGGGAAUCUUUGUAAAGAGCAUCACACCUGGCGGAGCUGUUCAUCGAGAUGGACGAAUUCGUGUCUGCGAUCAAAUUGUUUCAGUCGAUGGAAAGAGUUUGGUCGGUGUCUCACAGUUGUAUGCUGCAAACACGUUGAGAUCCACCAGCAAUCGAGUCACUUUCACAAUUGGUCGCGAACAAAACCUUGAAGAAUCCGAAGUUGCUCAGCUAAUUCAACAAAGUCUUGAACACGACAGAAUGAGAAUGAUGGGAGACGAGGAAGACGAUAUCGAAGAGCCGCCACCACCACCAUCUCAAAUGCCACAGCUACCAAUUGAACAGGAUCGUCCGACAACUUCAAUGAUCACAAAAGAAGAAAUUGAGAUUCGUUCGAAGAUUGCUGCUCUUGAACUGGAACUUGAUGUUACUCAUAAGAAAGCAGAGCAAUAUCAUGAAGUGUUGAGCUCAACGAAAUCACAUUGUGAUCAACUGGAAAAGCAGAAUGAGCAGGCAAAUUAUAUGAUUAAAAACUAUCAGGAAAGAGAAAAAGAGUUGUUGAAUCGAGAAGAGAAUCAUGUGGAACAAUUGAGAGAUAAGGAUGUACAUUAUGCAUCAUUAGUUCGUCAAUUGAAAGAACGAAUUGAUGAGUUGGAAUCGAAAUUGGAAGAAGCUGAAGAGAGAAGGCAUUCUAUUCAGAAUCUUGAGCUUAUCGAGUUGAGAGAGAAGUUAAAGGAGAAAGUUGAGAAGAGGAAUGAAGGAAUGGCGUAUAGACCAGGUGGAGAGCUUCCUCACGAGGAUAAGGCUGUUAUGGUUAAUUUGGAGACUAUUACUCCAUCAACCAAAAAAGAUGCGGAAGUAUCAGUUGGAAGUAGUUGGACAGAAGAGUACUCAUCACCAUGCGAGUCGCCAGUCCCUCGUAUCUCCGAGCCAGCAUCUCCGGCUCUUCCACAUAAAUUGACGCAUCGCAAACUUCUGUUCCCACUCCGAAAGAAGUACGCCGAAAACGAGUUCUGGCGUGCCACGUGUCAACCAGUUGGUCUUCAAGCUCUUCAUUGGACGGUGGACGAUGUUUGUCAGUUGCUCGUUUCAAUGGGCUUGGACAAAUAUGUGCCAGAGUUCACCAUUAAUAAGAUCGAUGGAGCCAAGUUCCUCGAGCUCGACGGAAAUAAACUGAAGGCAAUGGGAAUUCAAAAUCACUCGGAUCGUUCUCUAAUUAAAAAGAAAGUAAAAGGAAUGAAGAAUAAAAUUGAAAGAGAACGAAAACAGUUGGAACGAGAAAGCCGUACCCGAGUCAUUGCACACACAAUUCCCAUGUGAUUUUUUCUGUCUGAUUUUGAAAACUAUUAAAUUAUAAUUAUUAUAUUCUCACUGCGAAAAAGUAUACGAAAGUCUAUGGUUGUUUUCUAUAUAUAUUUUUUUUCGCAAAUGUUAUCCAUUUCUCAAGGUUGUUCCAAAUCGCCAAUCCAUGGGUUUCCCUUACUUUUCCCCUAAUUUGUUCAGUUUUUCAACGCCUUUUCUUUCCAUUUCCAUCCUCAUAGAUUCUGCCGUAAUUCCCCCUUUUUCAUGUUGUCCACCAAAAUUUAUUUAUUUUUUCCCUCUAUUUUUUCAAAGAUGCACCACCAAAAAAUUGUGAUAUAUUUUUCUGACACUUUCCCCCUCACUAACAAUCAUUUUCUGACCAAUAAAACAUUGAUUUUUAUUUUAACUAUCAGCUUAAUGUUACUUUUCCAUUCUUCCUGGCGAGACAAUCUGAUGAAGGAGAUCAAAGUGGA